UUCCCAUACUAUCGCGAGAAUAAACAAGGCUGGCAAAAUUCCAUUCGACACAACCUCAGCCUGAACGAUUGUUUUGUCAAAGUGGCACGUGACGAUAAGAAACCGGGCAAAGGAUCCUAUUGGACACUACAUCCAGAAGCGCAUAGUAUGUUCGAUAACGGAUCUUUUUUGCGCCGUAAAAGACGUUUUAAAACCGACAUGAACUCACUGGGACGAUAUAGCAAUUCGAAAAAACGUGCCCUAAUGGAACGGAACACAAACAAAUCGGUCAGUAUGAACGGGACGACAGAGAAAGAGGAGGACACGAGGACUGAUGAUGGACAACACCCAAGUGACACGAUCGCAGCACAUGCCGAGGCUGAAUCGAAUUCUACCAGUCAGACAUAUCUAUUGAAACGAGAGCGUACCGAUCUAUCGUCUGCUGUGCCAUACGAGACGGACGAGCCGUGUGCAAAAUACUCCGCUCACUAUGAACCAUUGAGUACCAGGGAAUUGUAUGCGACCAGUGUCAACUAUCAUCCACUUCGUAGUUUACAAAAUCAAGUGGAACAGCCCGUUUUCAAUCUGACACCUGAUUGGUCCAAUUCCAGAUAUCCUACCGAUCCGAUUAGGGAUUUCCGUCCACCGGACCUAUUGCCCAAUACCAUGCCGGUCACAAUGGAGACCGCAUUCAAGUCCAAACAUGAUCCACGAACGAUGACGGAUACGAACCGACAUCCCGGUGUGAUGAUGAUGAUGUGUGGCUUGAAUUCGCAGCACAGUAGACACCAUGAAACAACCAUCCGUGACACAUCGAACAGAGAAGAUCCGAGGCGAUUUCGCAUGACAGACGAUUCCCGUAUGGAAUUAGAUGCCACACAACCGGAACAAUUAUCAGCGACAGAUAUACAGACUAACAAAGAACGUAAUCUCAUUCCGGCCGUGGAAGACUAUUCCCAAGGAUCCAAUAUUAAACCAGAACAGAAGGAUUAUAUCACCGUAUCCCCAACAGAUACAUACGUGUACACAAAAUCACCGAACAGGAAAUCAGACGGGCCUCCGAAAUACAUGGAUUGUGCCAAUAUUCCCCUAACAGCUGAGGCCGAGUUGGAAUCCCAUCAAACGGGCACUCAGAUGUUUAACCAUACCCCGGGAUACACUCUCGGUUAUUCAGAGAAUUCAUCAAAACAUUCGUCCAAAUUCUUCGCUCCAUUGGACACCAUGAAAAUGGCGGCUGCGGCUGCAAUCGCGUGGCAAGCGCAUUUGACCGACUAUCCAAGUCAUGACUCGUUUGCAUUCUGGUCCCAGACAAAUCAAUCGAGUGAAUCAUGUCACCCGUCUGCUCCCUCCCCCACCUCCACCCUUUCACCGACUACAACUGUAACUGAACAAAUGCAAUUGUUUUUUCCUUUGGACAGUGUGUGA